AUGCCCCGAACAGAUGUCUCUUUCAAGACCUCGGACGGGGUGACCCUGCGCGGGUGGUUCUUCACUCGUCCAUCCUCCAACAGCAGCCCUUCCACGGGAACGAAACUCCCAUGCCUAAUUCUCACCCACGGCUUGUCAUGCAUCAAAGAAAUGGGCCUGUCAGAUAUCGCCACCAAGUUCACCGAGGAACUACCCAUCACCUGCCUUGUGUAUGAUCAUCGAGGAUUCGGCGCCUCGGACACCGCUCCAGGCCAACCCAGACACGAGGUCAUCACCUGGUUGCAGAGCAACGAUAUGCGGGAUGCGAUCACAUACGUGCAAGGUAGGGAGGAAGUCGACAAGUCGAAAAUAGCACUGUGGGGCUAUUCCCUUGCCGCGGCGGAGACCGUGUAUGUCGCGGCUAUGGAUCGACGGGUGAAAGCUGUGGUCUCGUUGGGACCGGGCAUGAAUGGGAGCGAGAUCGUGAGAAGGAUGGCACCUCCUCACGCCCUAUUAGCCAUGCAGGGUCUGUUUGAAAUGGAUCGUCUUGCGAGGGCCGACGGAAAGGAUCCGAUCACGGUGCCUGUUGUGAGCAAUGAGCCCGGUGUGCAGGCGACGUUGCCGAGUCAGGAGUCGUGGGAUUUCUUCUCCAAAUGGAUGGCGAACGGGUCGAGUUGGAAGAACGAGUUGACCCUGCGAUCCCUUGACGACAUCUCAACGAUGGCGUUGCCCAUAUCACAUCUCGACGAUCUCACCCCGACCCCUGUCCUCCUCGAAGCAGCCACGAGGGACACUAACAGCCCUCCUGACAUGACCAUGAGAUGGUACGCGAAGCUGAGUGAGCCGAAGGAACUGGUGCUGGUGGACGCAGAUCAUUAUGAGUUGAUGGGUUCGGCGAGGAAUAUCUUACAUCCUAAGGAAGUGGCAUUUCUCAAGAGGACCGUUUGCUCAUGA